AUGUGGGCUGGCCAGGUGGGCAUGGGCGUGGCCGUCGACAAAAGGCGUGAGCGAGACAUCUCUGUCUGGUGGGACGCGGAUGCAGACCAAGCCCGAGACGAAGCCGCCGCAGGCCACACCAACGCCACACGCAGACCAGAAUACGCAGCCCUCACGCAGACACGCAGACGCAGAUACGCAGAUGCAGACAUGGAACGGCGAGCAUGCUUUGCACGCUCGGGGCACGGAGGACGGCAUACGGAGUACGGCAAGCCUACGCAAGAGAGCCCUCCAGGGCAACCCAGUCUGGCAUGGCGUGGCGUCGCAUCAUCUCGCCGAAGGGAAGCAAGGUACAAGGAAGACGUCGAGUCGGGCUCCUUGCACUGGGCUUCACGGCUUCACAACGAACUCAUGCUCAUUAUGCCAUUAUUCCGUGAGGCGAUGCCAUACAAGGGCACGUCGAAUGUCAUUACCCUGGCACCGCAAGGCGAUGCCGAAGCCCCCCUUUCGUAA